GUGAAUAUUAUACUUAUAUGUAGUUGAAUUCUAUCAGUUCCAAUGUCCCGUUUUCCUUGUUCCCCAUUCUUAUAUGUUUCCUUUAGAGGUUGGAGCACAAUACUUCUCUCAGCAACAAACUCACAACAAAUUCACUCAUCUGCGUUGUUUGGCCAUCUUAAAUUAUCAACUUUACUGACACUAUUUACACAUUUUCAUACACAAGUACAUGUCUUUGACAAUAAGCAAUAUACCAUAUAUUCUACAAAUAUUGUCUUUCGUAUCUGAUAUUGGUAUUCAAUAAAAUGGUAAAAAUAGCACUGAAGCUCAAAGCCAAUCUGGAAAAUGUUGAAAGCUUAACCCCUUCACCUAAUCCAGACUUUCGUUGGUACCUCAAAUUUGCUUGCAACAACUGUGGUGAGUUGUCUAACAAAUGGAACUAUGCUUCGUUAGCUGAAGAGACACCGGCUCAAAGAGGAAGUGCAGUAAAUCAUUUUAUUAGUAAGUGUAAACUGUGUGCCCGUGAAAACUCUUUAAAUAUUCUGCCUGAAACAAUAAGUGGAAUAACGGAGGACAGUUAUGGUCAAUUCAAAACCAUUGUUGUCUUUGAUUGUCGGGGCUUAGAACCACGAGAAUUUUCAGCCAGAGAAGGCUGGAUAGUUAAGACUUGCAAUGAUGGUAAAACAUUCACCGACGUAGAUCUCAGUGAAGGAGAAUGGGGAGAUUAUUGUGACAAAACCAAUCAACCAGUUAGCAUUGAUGAGAUCGAGCAUACCUUUGAAAGAGUUAAAUAGUUUAUAGGUUCAAAUAUAUCAAUAAAUAAAUACAUUUUAAAAUAUAUGCAUUUUUUACCCAGGAAUUUUGAGAUGAUUCUAUACGCAAUGCUUUUCAUGUCACUUGGGCUUUAAAUUUUAUUAUUGUAUCUUUCACACUUGAUUUCGGCUUAUGUACAGCAAGAAAAACCCAUAGAUUACAACUUGAUGUUCAACGUUUUAUUUUAAUGAGUAUAAUAAGAAAAUUGUAUGUAUAUA